AUUUUAGAAUGAUAAUGCCCAUCAUCAGUAUCAAAUCCCACCACAAAUAAAUGCUCUUUCCCCUCAUUCUUUAUACAUAUUUUUACUUUGGAGAAACUAUUUUUACAAUGACAAAAUCAUUCCAACUUUUACUGUGAAAAAUAUACAUUGUUCCUCACUAAUUUAAUUUAUACACACUCUCCCAUCUCUGUUCACCAUUCAAACUCCUUUAGUUCUGAAAAGCCCAACACUUCUGACAACUCACACACACACACACUUGUGUGUGAAUAAGGAUCCCACCAUUUCUAUUUAUUCACUUAUUUACUUGCAUUCCUACAAAUUUCAGGAAAUUUAGUAGCUGCAUUGCUCCAACUUACCACUCCAAAAUUUAUUCAAAAUAUUGCCAUAAAAAACAUGGUUUUCUCCUACAUUUUGAUCCUCGUAUUUUCUGUGCAACUACUUCAAAUCUCAGAGUCUGCAACAGUUGUGGUUGACGGAGUAUCAGAGUGGAAAAAUCCAGAGCUUCAAAUAGGAGAUUGUGUCAUUUUCCAGCACAAAUAUCACUACAGCCUCUACAUUUUCAAGAACCAAGAAGCUUUCUCUCUCUGCAACUUCACUCAAGCCACAAUCUUGACAAACCCCAACUCCUCAGUUUACACUUGGCGCACAUCACGGCCAGGAUUCUUCUACUUCUCCUUCUACAACGGGUCGAAGCAAGCAUGCUUGGAAGGUGAGAAGCUCGCCGUGAAGGUGACAUCAGCGGCCGAGGCGCCGACGCCGCCUCCGACCUCGGGAGGCUACGUGGCGUCGUCUCCGGCGUUCCCUUGGCCGUUUCAGCCGCGGGACGGGGCUCCUCCGCCGAGCGCCGCCCCUGGCCCGGUGGCGCCGGAGAGAGAAGGCAUCCCGUUUAUCAACAGUAAUCCGGCGGUGCCUCUGCCCACCGGCGAAGUUGACACCGCCACCAUUCGUCCUUUGCCUACGUCUGCACACCAACAAUCCAAACAGGUGCUGGGAGUUGAGAGAGCAGUGAGCUGUGUAAUUUUGUUACUAAUGAUGGUGUAGAGAGAGAGAGAGAGUUGUGAAUCAAAAGUAGCUUUAAGGGUGAUGAUGAUACCAUAUGUAAUAUUGCUGUCCUUCACCCUACUUUGGAAUCAUUGCCACUUUGUUCUUUACUCUCUUAGUUUUGGUAAAACAAUCAAUUAUUUCUUCUUACUUCUUCCUCAAUCUGAUUUGGUUUAAUUGAGAUGGACAUAGACUAGGUAUCAUAAAUUUGUAUAUUUUAUAUGAUAAAUAUUUUACUUCCUUUGUCCC